AUGGCAGCACAAGUGGACAGACCAGGCAGCAAAUUAUUGUCGCCACCAAAGAUAAAUGACAUGGUCAACAAGCAAACGAUCAACUUGGAUACACCCUAUCAGCGUGAAGUCGUUUGGCAGACUCGAAAAAUGGGCGCUUUGAUUGAUACCAUUAUACACAACUUUUACGUACCACCGUUGAUCUUUGCAGUUCGCAAGAACAAGGAUAAUAGCCGUGUGAUCAAAUAUUGCAUUGAUGGCAAGCAACGCAUUUCAUCGAUUGUUGGAUUCAUGAACAAUGAAUUUCCAUACACCCACGUCGAAGCCGAUGGUACGAGUACCGACUACUAUUAUGCAGAAUCGGUGGAUAGGAAUAGAAAACACAAGUCAGGUAGAGACUACUUGCCUCCCGACCUUCGCCAGCGCUUUGAUGAGUUUGAGAUCCUUUCCGUUGAAUACAGCAAUUUGAGUGUGGAAGCUGAGGUUGAGAUCUUUUCACGAGUGCAACUUGGUGUCCCGCUUACGAGUGCUGAAAAGCUCAAAGCACACAUGUCGCCUACAAAGGAUUUCUGCGAGGAGCUACAUACCCUCUACCGAAAGGAUCUCUCAUUCCUGUUCAGUGAUAUUCGAUGCCGAUUAUUCCAGCACAUUGUCAAUUUGCUAUUGGUUCUAAAGGCGGAUUCUCCCAAUUUCCCAGCGACAAAAAAGAAUGUGGAGACGUUUUUACAAGGGCAGACACCACCCAGUGAUGAGCUCAAGAGGAAGUCCAAAUAUGCUCUCGACAUUAUUGGAGAAAUCGCGAGAUCACCACACUCAUGGGUCUUCACACAAGUCAAUGGCCAUGAAAAAGGGAUUUUAGCACUUGAAUUCGUUUGCUUUGGUCUUUAUGUCUCAAAAGUGCCACGUCGUUUCAGCCGAUCGAUUGCAGACUUUGCGAAUGAUUGUCACGACCUUCGAGCCUAUAUUCACAACAAUAUCCGGACCAAGACUCCCAUGAUGGGAUCACCAUCGUAUCGUAUUGCGUAUCAAUGGCUGGAGGAAAAAUUGGAUACCAUGGGUAUACGACCUGCUAUGGUUCGUACACCAGCUGAACCAUCAUUGACACCGGACACUGAGGAGUAUGAGGAAGAUGAGGAUCUAUUGGAAAGCACCUUGGCACAUCUCAACACCAAUAGCUUGCUACACAAAAGAAAACGACCUGCAGUAUGCCUUGAAACACCUGUACAACCAUCAACGAUCGCCAACACCAUCCCCACCACCACUACCACCACCGCUACCACUCCUAGCCAUAAUCAUCUUACAAGGCAACGACCUGUAGCUCGCCGUGGAGGCAAGUUCCCUCGUCGAUAG